AUGACUGGUCAGGAUGGCUUGUCCUCGUCCUUGGUGGAGACCAUAGCAGGAUUCACGGCAGGAAUCGUUUCGACUCUUUGUCUGCAUCCGCUGGAUUUGGUCAAGACUCGACUCCAAGUCGAUCGAUCCUCGUCCUCGCGCCUAGGCGGUUCACUCCGGGUGAUCCGCGGGAUAUUUCACCAUGAAGGCGGCAUCACAGCAUUCUACCGGGGGCUGACACCCAACGUGAUCGGGAAUUCCACCAGUUGGGCGCUAUACUUUCUGUGCUAUGGGAAUAUCAAGGACUUGCUGCGAACGUCUCGCCAGUCUCGGGACCAGGAGCUGACGUCCUCCGAUUACUUCCUUGCCUCGGGGACCGCAGGCAUGUUGACCUCGAUCCUAACGAAUCCGAUCUGGGUGAUCAAGACGCGAAUGUUAUCGACCGGAUCCAGAAUGCCCGAGGCAUAUGCAUCGUUCACCAGUGGCGCAGCACAAAUCUAUCGCUCGGAGGGAAUCGGGGGGUUCUACCGGGGCCUUAUUCCGGCCCUGUUUGGCGUCAGCCAUGGCGCCCUGCAGUUCAUGGCGUAUGAACAGCUGAAGCUGUAUCGGGCCACGAUGUCUCCUCCCACGGGGUCCACGGCCGGUGGUGACGCGACGGCUUCCCGGCGACGGGAGCUUGGGAACCUAGAUCUUUUCGUGAUCUCCAGCUUGUCCAAGAUCUGUGCGGGAUGCGUGACCUACCCUUACCAGGUGCUGCGGUCUCGACUGCAGACGUAUGAUGCGCAUGUUGUGUAUCGGGGAGUCUGGGAUGCCACGGUACAGAUUGGAUCCAAGGAGGGGAUUGCAGGCUUCUACAAGGGCUUGGGACCGAAUCUCAUUCGGGUACUUCCUAGCACAUGGGUGACGUUUCUGGUGUAUGAGAACACCAGAGCUUAUCUGCCGGAGCUGUUCUCUAAACCAAAAGCACACGGUGCUUGA